UGUUGUCUUUUGUAUUUUAGUCUUUGAGUUUAUUUCUUUGAAACUUUGAGGAGAAACUAAGUUUUGUCUUUGUUCAAGUCUCAAGAUUGAGCCAGAGUUUUGCCCACAAGGAUAUUUUUCAUUUUAAUUGAAUUCUUUCUUUCUUUUUAAAAACUUUGUCUCCAACCAAUUUCAAACACAGACUAACAUUUUUAUUUGUUUUAUUUUACUAUUUUUUUGAAAACUGAUUUUUUUCUUUCAUUGAUAAGUUUUGUCAGCCAGUGAGCUCUGCAACUUAUUCAUUUUGGUCACAAACGCCUCACAGGCACUGAGUUAAAGAAGUCACUCCACCACUGCAGAUGCCAAGUGACCUGAAUUGAGCGAGCCAGCAGGCUUUACUUGUGAAGAAACCUUAAUUCGUCCUACACCUGCCUGAAGAUCACAAUCAAAGUCCCCUCUAGAUCACCCUCUCACUCCUUCUCAACGGAUCGAUCCAGACAAGGGGACUUCAGACCACUUGAUGCCUGCAGGGACGCCUGGAGGGCAACAAAACAUCUCAGCCUUUUUUUCUUUAAAGGGCCAGAAGUUCUCUCCCUGUUCCUUAAAAGCAUACGGCUCUGUCUGUGCACUCGUGAAGACCGGACCCCAAAACCCAGAUAAUAAAAGUUCCCUGUUGAGACAUAACUCUCCAUCAAAGAGAAACAUGCUUGGAGAUCUUGAAAACAUGCUUCCUUCCUCACCAGACCUUCUGCUUUUGGUACCUGAGACCCCCAAUAGUCAGAUCAGGUCUACGUCCUCUUCUUCCUCCAGAGAGGAAAACCAGGAUCCCGGAAGAAAGGUGGCAAACGUCGGCCAACUGUCUCCCAUCUGUCGCAGCCCCAGCUCCAAAGGUCAGAGAAUAAAGAGAUCGAGGAAUGGAAAGGGUGAAUCAACAAAGUUAGGUGGGAGAUUGUCCAGCUCUUUGAAGAGACUCUUCAGUCCUCCUGAGGACUCUUACAUGGCAAAGAAAGCAAGAAUCGACUCGCUGCAAGAAGCUGCAGUCCAGGCCCCAGGUAGCAGCCAGGAGGAGUUGCAGCCUUUAAGGCCCUUUGUGAAGGCCCUCUCUGGUGAUCAACCCAACAAAUCCCCUUUGCAGAUGAGUUCUGAUCAUGUCAUGGUGGAACAGCGAGAACAUCAGGAGGAGCAGGACAGGAGAGAGUCCAAUUUUACUGUGAUAACAGAAAUGAAAACGGCAGAAGUUCAAACGAGCAGAAACCUUCACCGUGGCCUGCAGAAUGUAUGCUCUCCCUUCACUGCUGGGCAGGAAUCUUCUGCCAAUACCCCAUUCCCAGUGAAGGACCCAAAAGAAAAAGAGACUACAAGAAUGCAGGAGACGGAUGGAGAUCAAAACAACAAGCAGCCAACAGAUGAAGAACACGCUGGAGCUGCAGAUGCAGCAUCUGCACAUCCCGCAGAGGAUGACUUUGAUGACAGUUGGUUUAUGGAUCAAAUGGAACACAUGGAGGAUAAACCUAAAAAACCUUGCAAGUUACCCGACCACGUCAUCCUUUCUGGAGGUCCAAACAAUCGCUACUGGGUUGUGGAUGUUGAGGAUGGUCCAGGCUACAAAAAGCUCAUCAUCUCAUGUUCCAGGACGCUGCAUCCAACUGAGACGUGUCUGCUAAAAGAUGGAUGGGAGACGACGCCUGUGAGGCGGGGCGACGUGGUGCAUCUGGAGGGUCGCUCAGAUGCUGGGACCUGGUUAGUGGAACGGGAUCAGGGCCUCCUGGUUUUACAACCUGACAGUCUCAUUUCAGGAACCAGCAUUUCCAACUCCAUUCGUUGCAUGAGGCGCGCAGUUCUGGGAGAAAUGUUCAAGAGUUUUGAUGGUGGCUCCAAGCAAAUGCUGAAUGGGACCAUGGUCCAUGAAGUCUUCCAGGGAGCUGCCAAAGCCAAGGAUUUUUCUUCUGAGAAACUUUUCAAGCUGGCUGAUGAAGCCCUCCACAGUCCUCGAUACUUGGGAGACAUGUACACUCUGGGUGUGAGUCAGGAGGAGAUGAAGCAGGAACUGCUCGAUUAUCUGCCCUCACUGGAAAACUGGGCCAGCGAAUACCUCAGCUCCUCAAAGCCAAAGUCCAUCGGCCUUAAAAUUCUGAACCCCAGCCGAGCUCCGGGUGGCUGCCAGGAAUCAAACGCCGUUGUCACGGUGACUGACUUGACAGAUAUAGAGGAGAACGUGUGGUCUCCGAGGUUUGGCCUCAAAGGGAAAAUUGAUGUGACGGCUCAAGUUCAAAUCCAAAGGCCACGAACCAGCAGAAGUCCAGAAGAGAAGACUUUUCCCCUGGAGUUAAAAACCGGAAGGGAGUCCAACUCGAUAGAGCAUCGCAGUCAGGUGAUUUUGUACACGCUGAUGAGCAUGGAGAGAUACAACCCUGAAGCCGGUCUGCUGCUUUAUCUCAAGACUGGCAGCAUGCACCCUGUAGCACCCAGCCACAUGGACCGCAGAGAGCUUCUGAAGCUGAGGAACACUUUGGCUCAUCACCUUCACAACAGUGUGGAGAAAGGGGCAGACCUGAGCAACCUCCAAAGACUUCCCGACAUCCUUACAAGCAGACAGACCUGCCAGUACUGUCCUCAGAAGCUCAACUGUGCUUUAUAUGAGAGAGCACUGGAUCCCAGCUCUGCAGAUCCGAGCGACGACGUUCGUGACUUUUUGCAGCAGGAGUGCGGCCACCUCGCCCAGCAGCAUCUGAAUUAUUUUUCUCAUUGGCUGCUGCUCUGCAUUCUGGAAGCGGUCACCAUGGAAACCAAGAACAGUCGGAAGCACAUCUGGCUUCAGUCAAUUGAGAGCAGUGAGAAGAAUGGCAGCUGCGUGGGGAAUCUGCAGCUUAAAGAUGCUGUUGCAGCUCAGGCAGAAGAUGUCUUCCUGCAUCGGUUCCAGCGGACCGGAUCUGCUCCUUCACAGAGUGCAACCAACUGUGGACUGACCAAUGGAGAUCGUAUUGUGGUGAGCGACCAAGAUGGUCGCCUUGUCGGCUUGGCAACAGGGUACCUGUGCGAGGUGGAUAAGACAUCAGUCAGUUGUACUCUUAGCAGGGAUUUGUCCAAAUUCCGGGAUGUGCUGUUUCGACUGGAUGCUGACGAAGGUGUGGUCGGUAUGAGCACUCACCUGACCAACCUCUCCAGACUGAUGGAAAACUGUCAAGACAGUGAGCGUCUGAGGAAGCUGAUUGUGGACCUUCGUCCUCCAGAGUUCAUCUUUAACCUCAGUUCUGUUUUGCCCAGAGAUGCCAAAGAAACGGUGGCGGAGAUCCUCAAAGGUCUCAACAAACCCCAGAAACAGGCUAUGAAGAAGGUGUUGCUAUCAAAGGACUACACACUUAUUGUUGGCAUGCCGGGCACAGGCAAGACCACAACCAUCUGCACCCUGGUCCGUAUCCUGCAAGCAUGCGGCUUUAGUGUGUUGUUGACCAGCUACACUCACUCUGCUGUGGACAACAUCCUCCUGAAGCUGAAACGCUUCCGGGUCGGUUUUCUGCGCCUCGGACAAGGCCAAAAGAUUCAUCCUGACAUUCUGCCAUACACAGAGGAGAACGUGAGGAAGAAAGGGGUUCACACCCUGCUGGAUCUGGAGCAGCUCUAUAACAAAGAGCUCGUGGUAGCCACCACCUGUAUGGGCAUCAAGCAUCCGAUCUUCACGCGUCGCCGUUUUGACUACUGCAUCGUAGAUGAAGCAUCACAGAUCAGCCAGCCCAUCUGCCUGGGACCCUUGUUCUAUGCCCACAGAUUUGUGCUGGUUGGAGACCAUCAGCAGCUGCCACCCAUAGUCCAGAACAAGGAAGCUCGAUCUCUCGGGAUGGAUGAAAGUCUGUUUAAGCGACUGGAGGUUCAUGGUGAGGCAGUGGUGCAGCUCAACGUACAGUACCGCAUGAACAGGCAGAUCAUGUCUCUGAGUAACUCUUUGAUGUACGACGGGCGUUUGGAGUGUGGAUCAGAGAGGACAGCUGCGGCUCUGCUCACCUUGCCCUCCCUGGCCUCGGUUCAGUCGGAGCUUCGCUCCCACUCUGAGACUCACCCACAGCAUGACCUGUCCUGGGUGCAGUUCACUCUGCUGCCCAGCAACCCUGUCUGCUUCCUGGACUGUUCAUUGGUGCCAGCGCUGGAGUCGGUGGAGCAGGGAGGCGUGAGCAAUCACACAGAGGCUGCCCUCAUUCAUAUGCUGCUCUCUCUUCUCAUCAAGGCGGGGUGCAGGCCCAGUGAUGUGGGUGUCAUAGCGCCUUACAGGCAACAGCUUAAGACCAUCCAGGCUCUUCUCCAGUCUCCCACUUUCAGCGGUGUGGAGGUGAACACUGUGGACAAAUACCAGGGCCGGGAUAAAAGUUUGAUUGUUUUGUCUUUUGUCAGGAGCAACACAGAGGAAGGACACUUAGGAGAACUGUUGAAGGACUGGCGGCGCCUCAAUGUGGCCAUUACCAGGGCGAAGCACAAACUACUGAUGGUGGGCUCUGCCGUGACGCUGCGACGCUUUCCACCAGUGGAGAAACUGCUCAACCAUCUUCAGCAGGAGAACAUGAUUGUCCAGCUUCCACCGGCUGCUCACAGAUCUUUAUCCAGCAUGUUUCUGUGAAUGCAGGCUUACAGCUUCGGUCAACAGAGGAAGAAACAGUGACCACACUUAUUUUUGUGGAGUCUCCAUUAAAAUGUAUUAGUUUUAGCUGAAUAAUUUCAAAUGACAAUACAGACAUAUGAACAACUUGUGAGAUGAUAUAUGUCAUAGCGGUGAUGGUAAUUCCUAUUUUGAGGGCGGAAAGAAAAUCUUACAUACAUUUUAAAUGUGUCAUUAUUCCUGUAUGUUUGUAUUUGGUGUAAAACCUUGAAAAUGUCUCCAAAUUUAAAGAUUUAUUAAAUAAGAUUAUAAAAUAAUAUCCUAUGGUACAGAAACACCAAACCAAUUAACCUCAUUUACAGCUGAGUUUUUUCAUUAAAUACCUCCAUUAAUACACUGAUUCUAAACAUUUAUUUGAAACUGUUAUUUCUCUGCAGCUUGACAUUUGUUUUAUACUUGAUGCUCUAUUACCUGAGUGUGUUAACACUGGACAUGUUUUUAACCUCAAUUUACUUUAUUUCACCUGAAGAAGAAAACAGUCAAAUAAGCUCAAAAAUGUCUCAAAAAAUGAUUUUAUUAAUGAAUAAAGGAGUAAACUGCUAAAUGUCCACGCUUAAAAGAAAUUGUUUUUUUCCUUCAAUAAUUAUUUAAAGGUUCACUGCUUACUUUUUGAAAUUUGAUGUGAUUUUGUUUGUUUUGUUUUUAUAUAGUGAAACAGAAUCUCAAUAAAA